AUGGGUGUUAGUACCACAAGUGCUGCCGUGCACAUCACUCCAGUGGUCAUCAAGACCUUCCUCAACCAUUACAGGAAGAAAACCAAGAAGAAUGCACAUUAUUAUGUCACGGCCCAGGAAGGUGAGGGGUGGAAGGACGAUGCAAAGGACGAGCUUAUAUUCGACGAGGCCUUUCACAUCGUCAAGGCGUUCAUUGAGCUCGGAACACAGAACAGCAUCGAGAGCUUGCAGGCCUUCACGAACACCCACAUACCGUCUCCAUACUGGGUCGCCGUCGCACCUGUCCUCAUUCCCCUCCAAACGUGCAAUCGCGCCGCAGACGUGCUCAUCGAAUGGUUCGGCCCCGAAGACCUGUCCAAGGUCGUCGGCGGAGAGCGCUGGUGGCAGGUCCGUGGACUGGACGGCGUGGAGGGCGAAUGGAUCACAGAGAAGACUUUCCUGGGCGAGCUCGACAAGAAGUCGCAGAAGCACAAGACGGAGACGGACGAGCUCAUUGGGAAGAUGGACCACCUUGAGCCUGUUAUGUUCUACGUGCAUGGAGGUGGUUAUUUCUGGGGUUCAAUCAAUACACACCGCUACCAGACCAUUCGUUAUGCCAAGAAGAUGAAAGGGCGCUGUUUCAUGGUUAAUUAUCGGAAAGCACCGCAGUACCCGUGGCCUUGCCCAAUUCACGACGUUCUUGCGGCAUACCUCUACCUCAUUGACCCACCGGCGGAUGCACCACACAAGCCCAUCUCCCCAUCGAAGAUCGUUUUUGCUGGUGACUCUGCUGGUGGCGCGCUCUGCCUCUCCGUAUUGACCGUCCUGCGUGACAUGGGGAUACCCCUCCCCUCGGGAGCGGUGCUUAUCAGUCCUUGGGUUGACCUUACACAUAGUUUCGAAAGUGUCAUGACCAAUACAAAGACGGAUAUCAUCCCACCACAUGGCUUUGUUCAUAAACCAUCUAUGCUUUGGCCAGUGCGUCCACUGGCUGAUGAAACAAAUCCACGCAUACGCCAGACGCAGACGAAUAUGCCGCCGCAACCUGGGCACGCUGAUACACUUGAUCCAAGUGCUCAGCGCGUCGAAGAGCAAGACGCACUGCGGGAGGAGGCUCGUCGAUCUAAUAUACGUGUCUCUGAGGUCGAAGCUCGCCAUACAAGCGAGAGCGAGCUGAAACCGCAAAAGGACAUGUUACGUGACGCAGGCGUUCACUCUCGAGAUUUGGCCGGCGAUGCCACCUCCGGAUCCGACCAGUCGACUCGAUAUAGUUCACCAAAUCUCGAAGGAAGCAGCGGCGGAGCCGAAGUCACGGAAGAAGACUUGGACAGGUGGGAACCGAAACCGCCGAAGGUCCUCAUGAACGACCCGGACGCUGUUCCGCUCGAGGUCCUCUCGCAGAUACAGCAGUAUGCUAUGAACGAACAGCUUUCUCAUCCACUCGUGUCGCCCAUCUUGCAGGGUUCCCUGUGCAACCUGUGCCCAUUAUACAUCAUUGCCGGUAAUGGCGAGGUUCUUCGAGAUGAGAUUGUCCAUAUCGCUCACCGUGCGGCUCAUCCAACCGAAUACCCUGUGCGAAAAGGCGUGCUCAAGGAAGGACGCCGACAAAGGGAGAAUGUCGAGAAGUUUACGACUCCUACCAAGGUCCACCUACAACUCUACGAUGACAUGCCUCACGUCCUCACCGUGUUCACCUUCGCGGCUUGCGCAAAAUACGCAUACCGUGCGAUAGCACAAUUCGCCCGUCAUGUCACUGUGCAUCCGCCCGAGCACAUUGUGCGCAACCCGUUCCCAGAGCUCCAUCGACCCGAAUGCGCUAUCCAUACUGAUGGCAAACCCGGGCCGGCCAGCGGCGACGAUGCGCAUGGGGAACGCUGGGGUUUCUGUUGCACGGGCUCGUCUUUCGGAAGGCGCAAACCCGCACCUCCAUCGCCCACCGGCGACGUGGAGGAAGAUCUCACCGGAAUCAAGCUCUACAAGGAGAACGAGCGACAGGUCGCAGAACAGGUCGAGGAACGCGAUGAGGGACAAACUGAAGUAGAGGAAGGGCAUCAAGACCAGCCUGAGGAAGUAGCGAGGAGAAAUGAGCGCGUGCCGUCGGCUCAAGAGGAAGACAUACCGCACGUCCUGAUGAUUCGCGAGCGCGUCGAUAUUCAUGGCCGGGUGCGUACCAUGGAGCCUGCGGAGGACAUGGCGGCUUUGCGUAUCAAACUGAGCACCGUUGGUCUCAUCAAAGAAGCUCCAGUCCUUCGCUGGUAUGCGGGUCAAGAGGCCAUGGACCACAAAUACGCGGCGCACGCGCGUACGGUAGUUCGCCGACGCAAGAAGAUGGAGGAGCGCGUCGAGCGCAUGAUUACUGAGGCAUAUAAACAAGGCUUCAUUCAUGCGGACGACUCAACAAUUUCUGGGCCGGUAGAAAGUAACGGACACGCGCGUCUCGGUAGCGAUGGCUCUGCACCUGCAUUGUCGUCUACUCCGUCUGGCAUGGGAAGCGUGGGCGCUCUUAGACCCAAGAGGAAGACGGUUGUGCGCGUGGCGAGUACAGACACGCAAAUGUCCACGUUAUCUGUGGAUACUGUCUCUGGCAGCGUCAAGAUCGACGAGUUCAGGCGCUGGGGGCCGCUGGAUCUUGAGAGUGAGAGACCACCACCGAGCGCCAUCGCCGGUCGUCGGGAUACCGUUGAAGCACUCGCGCUCAUCAAGAGGCACAUAUAUCACACUGCGCCUGUAACGCAUAAGACGGUACCCAAGAUGAAGGCAUCGCACGUCGUCCGGGCGGCUCUUGAUCCGCACGAUCGGGUUUCCACCAAACCUAUGCAGUCUGUUUCAGAAGAGCAAACACGCUCGAAGAUCAACCCUAUGCAUGGUCUUUCGAUCUGGGGUUCGCUCGUCAGCUACUUUAUGCGCAAAACGAGUCAUACCGUCGCUGACAACGUACGCGAUGGCGUUGAUAACGUUCGCGACGGUGUCGGCAACCGUGCAUUCGGCGUGCAUCAAGCCACGGCAGCUGCCGGGUCGUUCGACCUCAACUUCAACGCGCGCGUUCCGCUUGCGAGUUGCCUCCAGCCUCCAUCUCCCUCCUCUCUCUUUCUCUCUCUCUCACGAGACAUUAUGCGUGAAGUUAUCUCUGUCCACGUCGGUCAGGCUGGUGUCCAGAUCGGUAAUGCCUGCUGGGAGCUUUACACUACCGAGCAUGGCCUCAGCCCUGAAGGACGCAUCGUCGAUCCAUCAAAGUCGAAACUCGUCGACGGUUUCACGACUUUUUUUUCCGAAACUUCGUCCGGCAAGCACGUACCACGCUCGCUCUAUGUCGACCUGGAACCAAACGUCAUUGACGAGGUUCGCACCGGCGCCUACCGCUCGCUCUUCCACCCCGAGACCAUGGUCACGGGUAAGGAGGAUGCCGCCAGCAACUACGCACGCGGCCACUACACAAUCGGCAAGGAGCAGAUCGACACGGUCAUGGACAAGCUCCGCCGCCUGGCCGACAACUGUGCCGGCUUGCAGGGCUUCUUCGUCUUCCAUUCCUUCGGCGGUGGCACUGGAUCGGGUCUUGGUGCACUCAUCUUGGAGCGCUUGAGUACGGACUAUGGCAAGAAGUCCAAGCUCGAGUUCAGCGUGUACCCGGCGCCGACGAUGGCAAACUCAGUUGUUGAGCCUUACAACUCGGUACUCACGACGCACACCACCCUCGAGCACUCCGACUGUUCCUUCAUGGUUGACAACGAGGCCAUUUACGACAUCUGCAAGAACCGUCUGAACAUCGGCUCGCCCUCGUUCACGAAUCUUAACCGUCUCAUCGCGCAGGUGGUCUCAUCGAUUACCGCGUCGCUUCGCUUUGACGGAUCGCUCAACGUCGACCUCAACGAGUUCCAGACCAACCUGGUGCCGUUCCCGCGCAUUCAUUUCCCGCUUGCCACCUUCGCGCCGAUCAUCUCUGCGGAGAAGGCGCAUCACGAGCAGAACUCGGUCGCGGACAUGACCUUCUCGUGCUUCGAGACGGGCAACCAGAUGGUCAAGUGCGACCCUCGUGAGGGCAAGUACAUGGCCUGCGCGCUUCUCUAUCGUGGCGACGUCGUGCCGAAGGAUGUCAACGCCGCUGUCAGCACCAUCAAGACCAAGCGCACGAUCCAGUUCGUUGACUGGUGUCCGACUGGCUUCAAGAUCGGUAUCUGUAACGAGGCGCCGGCGCAUAUUGCUGGGGGUGACCUAGCCAAGGUGUCGCGCUCGAUGUGCAUGCUCUCCAACACUACUGCCAUCUCGUCCGCGUGGAGCAGGCUCGAUCACAAGUUCGACCUCCUGUACUCGAAGCGUGCGUUCGUGCACUGGUACGUCGGCGAGGGUAUGGAGGAGGGGGAGUUUUCGGAGGCGCGCGAGGAUCUCGCAGCCCUUGAAAAGGAUUACGAAGAGGUUGGCAUUGACAGCGCGGAUGCGGAGGAUAUGGGCGAGUACUAG